CGGCAGACACGUCGCCCACCUGCUCUGCCCACCAUCCACCGAGCGCUGCCCGCCAUGCCCCACGCUGCCGCCGCCGCCUCGCUCCUCGGGCUCCUGCUCGCGGCCUCUCUGACGGGGCCGUCGUGCGCGGUGCCAUCCCCGCAGCGCCGGCCGGCCGCCCCCAGCAGGUGGCGCAUGCUGGGUGCCAGCUGCGAUGCGGACCGCGACUGCGCAGUGCCCUACAGCCGCUGUAUGGCCGGCGCCUGCGCCUGCCAGGCCUACUAUGCCCGCUACAACGAGUCGCGCUGCCUGCCCUCGACGCUGCUGGGCUUCGAGUGCCUGGUGCGGGAGCAGUGCUCGCUGAAGGUGGCCAACAGUAGCUGCAUACACGGCCUGUGCCGCUGCGAACCCGGAUUCCUGCAGUUCCGCCGACACACCUGUCUCAGCCCGGCCAAGCCGGGCGACGUGUGCUACAGCGACGCGCACUGCCGCCUGUGGGACGCCAACUCGCACUGCCACUUCCUCAUCCCCAAGCUGUUCGGCCGGUGCGGCUGCAACGCCCACAUGCUGCCUCGCGGCAGCCUCUGCGUGCCGUCCCACGAGGAAGACUUCCCGCCGCCGCCGCUGCUGCCCUCGCCGGCCGCUCCUGCCGACGCCACCACCACUCACCCGCCUGUCACCACCGCCGCCACCGAGACCACCACCGCCACCACCACCACUGCCGCACCAACAACUACUGCCGCACCGACGAACAAGGCACCAUUCACCCCUGACCAUACCACCACUCCGAGCACCACAGCACACACUACAGUGGAAAGUACUUCCGUGCAUACUGUUACAGAAGGAGUUACCACGCCAAGCACCACGGCAGCAGCCUCCACGACGCAAAGCCCCGAGGCGACAAGUACCACUUCAGGCGCGGACGAAGCCUUGUCGAGCGGAACACCGUCGUCAGAGUUCACCGAGUCACUGGCAGUGUCUUUCAGCACAAGCGAUGCUGCACCAGUGACCGACCGUGAGCCAGAUGUCUCCAUCAAAUACCCCGUCCCCAGCUCCUAUCCUACACCAGCUACGGAGGGUCCUUACAGGGAUGUAACAGCCGAAAUGGAAGCGGAAACCUCUCCGUUAAUGGCAGAUGCUACGUCUCCUCCAGUGUUCAGUACACCAUCAGCUGAACCUGAAGUUCUAUCCUCUUCAGCGUCUCCUGUUGAAGCCACAGAAAACAUUUUCGGAAGUUCUGAAGCGACAAUGGACACAUCAUCGCCAUCACAACCUGCAGAUGUUAGUGACAUUGUUGCUUCUUCAACUAUUCAAUCAUCUAGUCCUGAAGCAUCAACAAGUAGUUCUUCUGAAGCCCUACCGACGACACCGAAACCUGAAACAUACUUCGAAGAAAACGUCGAAAUCUCUUCUCCGGUCGUUACAGAUUUUCCCGACAAUCAGGCUUCAGAUUCGGUUGAAACUUCCGCUUCCGUUCCGAGUCAUCCACCUCCAUUUAGCGUCGGUACAGAGCUGACGUUUGAUGCCAAUUACGCCACUUCGACGGAUAACCAGCCGUCUUCCUCCAUCGAUGACAACUGGGUGUCAUCAUCUUCGGCCUAUUCCGAGCUGGUGCUAACGACUGCACAGGAUACGUCUUCCUCCAUCGAUGACGGCUGGGUUUCAUCUUCAGCUUCUUCCGACGGUCCUGUAACGACGACACAGGGUGUAGAUGCCGCCACGAAUGACGUAGAAGUCGGGGCCUCCUCUACAGAACCGGCGACCCCCACGCAGGAGACUCCAGGUACCUCCAGCUCGGAACCGCUUCUACAGGAUGACACUGAAGAAGAAUCAGUCACUGAGAGAGUGGCGCCGUCAGAGCUCACCGACAACCAGUCGACACCGCAGGAAGCAUCAGUUGCCUCUGAAGCUGUACCACCAUCCGGCUCAUCGUCUGCACCGCUGUUUGUUACCGAAGUGACGUCAGCCGAAAAACCUUCUACAGAAGACGAUUUGAUGCUGGCUGCAACGAGUUUUGCGGCAGGAAUGCGGCCCAUGGCGGCGGUGUCGCUGGGGCUGCCCUGCGUGAGUGACCUGCAGUGCCGCGCCGCCGACCCCAACUCCCGCUGCGUGGGCGGCGUCUGCGACUGCGCCCGCAGGCCCAACGGCACCGGCUCCUGCUGGGCCGGCAACCGCGGCUGCCACCCCGGCACCUUCCAGUGCCGGUCGACGGGCGCGUGCAUCAGCUGGUUCUUCGUGUGCGACGGUCGGCGCGACUGCGCGGACGGCUCGGACGAGGAGUGCAACGCGGCAGAGGGCGGCGGCUGCCCGCCUCUCGCCUUCCGCUGCGGCUCGGGCGGCAGCUGCGUGUCGCGGGCUGCGCGCUGCGACGGCAACAGGGACUGCCCGCUGGGCGAGGACGAGCUGGGCUGCUCCCAGAGGACGGCGUGCCCGGCUUUCACGUUCCCGUGCACUGGCGCCGCAUCAGUGAGCUGCCUGCCCGACUACGAGCUGUGCAACGCGGUGGUGUCGUGCGCCGACGCCAGCGACGAGCCACAGUGGUGCCGCGUGCCGCCCCCGACCACCGCCGCCUCCCGCCGCCGCCUCCGGCUGCGCGCACGCCCCCGCACGGGCCCGCGCUGCCCCUUCCGCUGCGACAAUGGCCGCUGCCGCUCCACCGCCAUCCUCUGCUCCGGCCGCGACGGCUGCGGCGACGCCAGCGACGAGGCGCAGUGCAGAGUCUGCAAAUGCGCCCCGGCGUCCGAGUGAGGCUGAAAGUAAGACGCACAUUCAGUGGGUGGUCGCGCUGUUCGCUGCGGCCAAAGAGCCCCGCCGUCUUCCCAGGGAGGCGCCCAGGCAGCGAAGCGGUUCCGGGCCUCCCGAGAGUCGAUCUGCCAGCA